UUUGGAAAUUGUGAGCUAUUUGGGAUACAGCUCACGGAGUUGCAAAAAGGGGUUGAAGUCGGGGAUAUACUUCGGCUGUGUUUUGACGCAGAUUGGACUCGAGAGAACGGUUUUUUAUGGUGGUGGAUUUUCUUAACCAGCUUUAGAUUUAGAGAUAUUUGAAAAAUUUGAUUUAUAUAUUACAAAAAGGAGGAUGUAAUUAGAAACAAAAGAAAAAGUCUGCGGGGGAAAAAAAAGAGCCGUCGCGUUUUGUUUACUUUUCUUCUGUAUUGGUUGCGCUCGCGCCUCGCUGAAAUUCUGUAGUGCACGAGAAACUCCCUGUUUAUGGAUCCAUUUGGAGGAGAAACGCGUUUAUAAUGUCGUCCCCUGAAGUGCAAUGGGAGUAAAUAAAGACUCGCACAACUUCAGGACAAGACGGACAAUCAAGGUCUGAGGAAGACCGUCACUGCGUAGAAAAUGUGAAGGCCUGAUUAAAGACUUGUCCGCCACAUCAGUCGUGCAGCACUUAGCAAUGGAGAGGAGCAAGCGCAACUCCAUUGCUGGGUUCCCCAGGCGGCCUGAUCGACUGGAGGACCUGGACGAGCAGUGUUCGGCAGAGACAGGUCCUGCCCAAACGGACAGGGUGUGUCCUUCUUCCUACCGUGCCCUCAUCAGUGCCUUCUCCUGCCUGACACGCCUUGAUGACUUCAUAUGCGAAUGGAUCGGCUCCGGGUUUUUCUCAGAGGUUUAUAAGGUUCGUCACAAAGCCUCAGGCCAGGUGAUGGCUCUGAAGAUGAACAAGCUGAGCAGCAACCGAGCCAACAUGCUGCGAGAAGUGCAACUUAUGAACCGACUCUCACACCCCAACAUUCUCAGGUUCAUGGGUGUUUGCGUGCAGGAAGGUCAGCUCCAUGCCCUCACUGAGUACAUCAACGGUGGAAACUUAGAGCAGCUGCUGGACAGCAACAAGUACCUGAGCUGGACCACACGGGUCAAACUGGCAUCAGAUAUCGCCAUGGGUCUCACCUACCUGCACUCCAAGGGCAUCUUCCACAGAGACCUCACCUCCAAGAACUGCCUGGUCAAAUCAGAUGAAAACAGCUACACUGCGAUCGUUGGAGAUUUCGGGCUUGCAGAAAAAAUCCCUAGUCAUAAUGGCGACGGAGAGAAGCUGUCGGUUGUAGGUUCUCCGUUCUGGAUGGCUCCAGAGGUCCUGCGAGACGAACCGUACAACGAGAAGGCCGAUGUCUUCUCCUUCGGCAUCAUCUUGUGUGAGAUCAUCGCCAGGAUACAGGCCGAUCCCGACUUCCUGCCUCGCACCGAAAACUUCGGGUUGGAUUAUCACGCGUUCCAGCACAUGGUCGGAGACUGCCCUCCUGACUUUCUUCAGCUCGCCUUCAACUGCUGCAACAUGGACCCGAAACUCAGACCUUCGUUUUUAGACAACGUUAAGCGUCUGGAGGACAUCCAGCGGCGUCUCAAAGCCGAAGACGCUGAAAGGGAGAGGAUCCAUAUACCAGCAGAGAUGGAUAAAAAGAACAUCCCUAAAGGUGAUAAGUUCCAGGGCAUAAAGAGGCUGAACCCUUUGGGUCUACAGGACGAUAAAAUCCCGCCCAAAUCGCCUCGCCCAAGGCGCAACAUCUGGCUCUCGCGCAGCCAAUCGGACAUCUUUUCCCGCAAACCAGGCCGCAAGGUCAACGUCCAGGACCCGUACUACAAUCCCGGACCACGAGGAGUCGCCAAGGUCAACCCUUUCAUCGCUCGCGAAGACCUCAAGGGCGGCAAGAUUAAAUUCUUUGACAUGCCCAGCAAGUCGGUGUUCUCGCUCAUGUUUGACCUGCACUCACCACGAGGCAGCAUGAGCUCCUACCAGCCUCAGACCAACGCCGCCAGCUCCUGGCCCGAACUCUGGCAGCUGCCGGGACGACAGUGCCACUCCCUGCCCGUGUCUCCGCAGCACGUCCUGUCCGAGGCCUUUAGCUCGGCGAGGAGCGAGGGCGGAGACUCCCGGCCUAAAGCGCUCAGCAGCUGGGCGAGGAAAUACGCCGUGCCCGAGAUCCCGGCCUACAGACCCAAACCGGCUUCCAGACGGAAGGUGGGGGUGGAGUCAGACGAGAGCUCCGUUGAGAUCGAGGAAGCCAUGGACUGCUCGAGCAGCAGAGGGAGUUUCUUUGAUGAAACCGACUACAAGGAACGGAACCAGAUGCCCAACGGAAACGGAGAGGACAUGGAAGCCGAGGAUGAAGAGAACGCGGCCGGUUUGUUCUCGCUGAACAGCAGGAACCCGCUUCCUCCGAGUGCGCCGGACAACGCGAAGGGACAUCGCUCCAUCGUCCUCGCGCCCGCCUCGCCCGACCUCCUGUCCCGAUGUGACAUCUGAUAAACCAGACUCGUACCUAAAAACAUCAUCGAGCAGGUGAAGAUCAAAUGAAUGUAUUUAUCUUAAACGGACGCGUCCCGUGACUCGCACAACGGCGAACCAUGAAAAACCAUGAAAGCUACAACGAACAGAAUUCAGAUUCUUUUUUGUUUUUUUUCUUCCCCCGGGGUAUUUAAGCGUUAUUUCAGCUAUUCACUCGUAUUGUUUGCACUGUCUGCAGCUCCUCUUCAUCAGCACCCGAUCGCUGGGAGAGAAAGAAACAUUCCGUACGCCAAUUCACCCCUUUUCAAACGAGUAUUUCUGCAGAGAUAAAAACCUUUUCUAAUAAUAAUAAUAAUAAUAAUAAUAAAGUGUCCGUGUCUGUAACUACUUAAUAAUUUGUAAAUUGCACUUGAAUCGAUGAACUUGAUGAAUUAUUCUUUUUUGGAAGCUUAUUUUUUUGGUUGUUGUUGUUGGAUGUCACUACAUUUCUAUGCAAUAAAAUGAACUGAAGCAGA